CACAAAAAGCCGUAGCGAAUGUACUUAGUUUCAAAGCACAACGCUAUGGGUUUCCAACUACAGCUACUACUCCAACUAAUGUUAUAUCUCUCAUUGGACCAGCUGCUUUGCGCUGAAAUCGAUGAAAGAAUUGUGGGUGGCACUUCGGUAACAGAGAAGAAAUAUGACUAUUUUGUGCGUCUACGAUAUCAAGGUGUAUUCUUGUGCGGUGGCUCUUUGGUGCGGAACAAUGCUGUUGUCACGGCGGCACACUGUGUUAACGACGUUAGGGUAAAGGACUUGCGCAUACACGCCGACACCAUUAACUUGAAAGAUAAAGGAAUUGUGAGAAGAGUUAAAACGGUGGUGAUUCCCAGUUUAUACAAUGAACGUACCACAAACUAUGAUGUGGCAGUGUUAAUACUCGCCGCGACCGUACCAAAUGCUAACUUCACAGCAAUUCAAUUGCAUAAGACACCAGUGGCUGUGGGUACAAAGUGUCUGGUUAUCGGACAUGGUAUGACAAAUGAUAAGGAACAAGAUUCGACGCAGUUACAAGAGGUCUGGGUGCCGGUGUUGAGUCGCGCCGUUUGUCAACUCAUGUACUUAAGAGUUACGCGCAUUACCAGGUAUAUGAUGUGUGCAGCGGAUGCGGGAAAGGAUUCCUGUUCUGGGGAUUCCGGUGGACCAAUGGUAUGUAACGGCAAGCUAGCUGGAAUUGUCUCUUUUGGCGUGGAGUGUGCCGAUCCUCGCUAUCCUGGAGUUUACACGGACAUCAGCAGUGUUUAUAGUUUUAUUGAAAGCACGCUUGAGAAGUAUAAGUGAAUGGUUUAGUAUUUUGUGAAGUGUCAUUAUUUGCAGUUUUCGGGUGAAGAACUAAUAACGGGAUAUUUCAUGUACGGAAAAGAGAUAUAUUAUAAUAAAAUCUAGAAAAACUU